CCGCGUUUACCUCGCGGACCGAGGACUGGACGUGGGGUGGCGGGGGCGCGGUACGGCGGAGGGAGGCGGUGGCAGGACUACGCUGUGGCCCCGGCCCUCAGCAUGGCUCGCCUGGUGCUUGGUCUGAUGAGCUGUACCCUCUUUAUAGCAGUUAAUGGUCUGUAUUCGUCUAGUGAUGAUGUAAUCGAAUUAACUCCAUCAAACUUCAACCGAGAAGUUAUUCAGAGUGAUAGUUUGUGGCUUGUAGAAUUCUAUGCUCCAUGGUGUGGCCACUGCCAGCGGUUAACACCAGAAUGGAAGAAAGUAGCGACCGCAUUAAAAGACGUUGUAAAAGUUGGUGCAGUUGACGCAGAUAAACAUCAGUCCCUGGGAGGGCAAUAUGGUGUUCAGGGAUUUCCUACCAUUAAGAUUUUUGGAUCUAAUAAAAACCAACCAGAAGAUUAUCAGGGUGGCAGAACUGGUGACGCCAUCGUAGACGCCGCUCUCAGUGCUCUGCGCCAGCUCGUGAAGGACCGCCUUGGGGGCAGGAGUGGCGGAUAUAGUUCUGGAAAACAAGGUAGAAGUGACAGUUCGAGUAAGAAGGAUGUGAUUGAGCUGACGGACGACACCUUUGAUAAGAGUGUUCUUGACAGUGAAGAUGUUUGGAUGGUGGAGUUUUACGCUCCUUGGUGUGGACACUGCAAAAAUCUAGAGCCGGAAUGGGCUGCGGCAGCUACAGAGGUAAAAGAGCAAACGAAGGGAAAAGUGAAACUCGCAGCUGUGGACGCCACCAUUAACCAGGUUCUAGCCAGCCGAUACGAGGUUAGGGGAUUUCCUACAAUCAAGAUAUUUCAGAAAGGCGAGUCUCCUGUGGAUUAUGACGGGGGGCGGACGAGAUCCGACAUCGUUUCCCGGGCCCUUGAUUUGUUUUCUGAUAACGCUCCGCCUCCAGAGCUCCUUGAGAUCCUCAACGAGGACGUCGCCAAGAAGACGUGUGACGAGCGCCAGCUCUGUGUCGUGGCCGUGCUGCCCCACAUCCUUGACACAGGAGCUGCAGGCAGAAAUUCUUAUUUGGAAGUUCUUCUGAAGUUGGCGGACAAAUACAAAAAGAAAAUGUGGGGGUGGCUGUGGACGGAAGCCGGAGCCCAGUCUGAACUUGAGAAUGCUCUGGGGAUUGGAGGGUUUGGGUACCCCGCCAUGGCAGCUGUUAAUGCACGCAAGAUGAAAUUUGCUCUUCUGAAGGGAUCGUUCAGUGAGCAAGGCAUUAAUGAGUUUCUCAGGGAGCUGUCUUUCGGGCGCGGAUCUACGGCCCCCGUAGGAGGUGGGGUGUUCCCUGCCAUCAGCACCAGAGAGCCCUGGGACGGCAAGGACGGCGAGCUUCCCGUGGAAGACGACAUUGACCUGAGUGACGUGGAGCUCGGUGACCUGGAGAAAGAUGAGUUAUGAGAGGCGCCCCACAGACUCCAGUCUUGUUUUCUUGGGAGCGGAUUUUCCAGCAGUGAAGGAACAUUCUUUCCAAUCAGAUGAAUCUACCAGUGGCCUUUUUAGCCAAGAAGUAACACUGAUUGGUCAUUUGAAAACACUGCAACGGUGAAUUUUUGCGUCUCAAGAAAACAGUGAAAAAUUCUGUGAAUUGUCACAGCUGGUGAAUUGGGUUGUAUUCUGUCAAGUAAUAUUUUGAAGAAAACUGAUGGGCUGUUGAAGCGUUCCUCCCUCCCUCUGACUCUGCUGCUUGAGUGUCCUUGGAGGCUGUUUCUUACAUACAAGUUUUUUAAUGUGAUCCUUUCCUUUGAAUAUUAAUGGCUUUUUUUCCAUUAAAGAAUAAAACUAUUUUGGACAAUGCCAAUAAAUGUAUGAAAUUAGUGUCCACA